GUCACAAUAUAGAUUUCAACAAACUAAGUCAAUGAGUCAUAAAGAUCUAUUUAUAAUUUAUAUAUAAAUAAGAAAGGCACGCCUUAUUAUCCUUACUACUUUAUAAAUAUACUGAAUUACUUAAGAAAAAAAAAAUCGUAUGAAUAAAAAAAAAGUAUACAAAUAUGACACAUCAUUUUAUGUAUAGUAGUGGGGAAUUAUGGGACAAAAAGUAAAUCCGCUUGGUUUUAGACUUGGUACAACUCAAAAUCAUGAUUCUAUUUGGUUUGCCCAACCAAUCAAUUAUUCGGAGAAUCUACAAGAAGAUAAAAAAAUACGAGAUUGUAUCACGAAUUUUAUAGAAAAAAAUACAAGAAUUUCUUCCGGCGUCGAGGGAAUUGCACGGAUAAAGAUUCAAAAAAGAAUUGAUCUGAUUCAAGUCACAAUCUAUAUGGGAUUUCCAAAGUUAUUAGUUGAGGGUAAGCCUAGAAGAAUCGAAGAAUUACAAAUGAAUGUACAAGAAAAAGUAAAUUGUGUGAACCGAAAAAUCAACAUUGUUAUUACAAAAAUUGCAAACGCUUAUAGACACCCUAAUAUUAUUGCAGAAUUUAUAGCCGGACAAUUAAAGAAUAGAGUUUCGUUUCGUAAAGCAAUGAAAAAAGCUAUUGAAUUAACUGAACAGGCAGGUACAAAAGGAGUGCAAAUACAAAUAGCGGGACGUAUCGACGGAAAAGAAAUUGCACGUGUCGAAUGGAUCAGAGAAGGUCAGGUUCCUCUACAAACCAUUCGAGCUAAAAUUGAUUAUUGUUCCUAUACAGUUCGGACUAUUUAUGGGGUAUUAGGAAUCAAAGUUUGGAUAUUUCUAAACAAAGGGUAAUUAACUUUUCCUUCUCUUUAAUGUUCCGUGUUUUUUGAUAAAACAAAAAAAAAUGAGAAAUUUUAUAAGAUUGAAUAAAAAAAUUCAAUAAAUCAUUGGAUAUUGAUAGAAUUG